AUUACAAAUGUUACCAAACCUAAGCAAGUAGAGAUAAGCCGGUCAACUAUACCAGGGUGUAUGCUAGGGGUUACAUCAACGACAUGGAUAUCUACUGGUACACAGAUGGGACCAUUUGUUGGUCGUAUAGUAAAAUUAGAGGACAUUCAGAAUCAACCGGAUAUAACUGAUAAUAUUUGGGAGAUAUUCGAUGAUAAAGGGGUGAUAUUAUAUUUUAUUGAUGGUGGUACAAGUUUUCCUAGAGCUAGUUGGUUGUCUUAUGUAAAUUGUGCACGGAAUCCCCAAGAACAGAAUUUAGAACUCGUACAAAUCGGACACAAUAUAUUCUACAGAGCUAUUAAGGACAUAGCACCCCAAAAAGAAUUACUGGUAUGGUAUGGUAGCUCAACUAAACUAUAUCUUGGGUUACCUACUCCAGAUCUUACUAUUGAGAAAUCUUCAAGAAAUCUAUGUACAGAUACGACGCCAUUCAAAUUUGUGUGUAAAUUACAAUGUGUUUUAUGUAGAAGAGGUUUUAAUUCUAAAAGUAACCUACGUUCACACAUGAGAAUACACACCCUAGAGAAACCCUUUGUCUGUAAAUUCUGUGAUAGACGAUUCAGCCAAUCAUCCACGUUGAGGAAUCAUAUUAGGUUACACACAGGUGAAAAGCCAUAUAAAUGUAACAUAUGUAGAAGCAGUUAUUCACAGCUGGCAGGACUAAGAGCACAUCAGAAGAGCGCACGACAUCGACCACCAAAACCACAAGAAGAGGAAGAACUACACGUAGAUUGA